CCCAUUUGUUCCGGACCACCUUAUAUUAAGAAACACAACCAGUGUUGGAUAAGGUUACCCUUCUUUUUGACAAGAUGAAGAUCGCAGUUGCCCUGAUCCUGUCCAUGUUGGUGGUUGUCCAUGGCGAGUACGCCAAGAGACAGAUCGUGGCUGCGCUUGCCGCGGCUGAACCCCUCCUGUCCAAACUCCUGCUGGACAAACUGGGCGUUGACAAACUCAUCGGCAAGUUCAUCGGAAAUGUAGCUGCUUUCUUCAAGGGCCAUAGCGGCACUAUACCACUUGAUGGAACACAGCUUGUGUUGAACUACAAUAUACACAAGUGCCAUCUGCACAUUGGAAAGCGAUUCCUCAUCCAUCAUGUUGCUGAGGAACGUUGCACGGCUGAUGUGUGCGAGAACAAGAUCACCAAGUCCUGCAAGUCCUGUACCAACGGAAAACAAGAAGACGCUCUCAAGUGUGCCCUGAAGGCCGAGGUCGAGGAGAUCACCAGACUCGCCAAGGCGGCUCAAGCCAAACAGGGUUAACUCCGCUUGGUCUGACAAUGUGUUUCCUGUAAACCUGGUUGUGUUUCUUCAAUAAAUGGCUUUCUCCUCCAGUGAGAUUGUGACGUCAA